GUGUAACUCUGUAACAAUCAAGAAACUUUUUUUUUUUCUAUCCCCAAAAGCUCCUUUUGGAAAUUACUUAUCUACAAGAGCUGAAUUUUUAAGCACAUUUAUUUGAUAGGAAGCAACAGAAAGGUAGCAUGUCAACUGAAUCACCAAUCACACUGAACAUUGACCCUCAGGAUCUGCAGGUCCAGACAUUCACCGUAGAGAAGCUACUGGAGCCUCUCAUAAUUCAGGUUACCACACUUGUAAAUUGUCCCCAGAAUCCUUCCAACCGGAAAAAAGGACGUUCAAAAAGAGCCAGAGUUCUUCUAGCUUCUGUGGAGGAAGCAACUUGGAAUUUAUUAGACAAGGGAGAGAAGAUUGCCCAGGAAGCCACUGUUUUAAAGGAAGAGCUGACUGCUGCACUCCAGGAAGUUCGCAAAGAAAGUGAAGCUCUGAAGGUAUCAGCUGAGAGAUUUACAGAUGACCCCUGUUAUCUCCCGAAAAGGGAGGCUGUGGUUCAAGCUGCCCGUGCCUUGUUGGCUGCAGUUACCAGACUCCUUAUCCUUGCGGACAUGAUUGAUGUCAUGUGUCUCUUGCAGCAUGUGUCAUCUUUUCAAAGAACACUUGAGUGUCUUAAAAAUGUUUCCAACAAAUCUGACCUUCAGAAAACCUACCAGAAGCUUGGGAAGGAGCUGGAAAAUCUGGAUUAUUUAGCUUUCAAACGUCAGCAGGACUUAAAAUCUCCAAACCAGAGGGAUGAAAUUGCAGGGGCACGGGCCACACUGAAGGAGAACUCCCCCCUCUUGCAUUCAAUUUGUUCGGCUUGUUUGGAGCAUUCUGAUGUUGCUUCUCUCAAAGCCAGUAAGGAUUCAGUUUGUGAAGAAAUUCAGAAUGCUCUCAACGUAAUUUCGAAUGCUUCCCAAGGCAUUCAGAAGACGCCGGCCCCAUCAGAACCACAGGCAACAACCCUGGGAAGUGCACUCGAUGAACUGGAGACUUUAAUUGUCCUGAACCCACUCACAGUGACUGAGGAGGAAGUAAGACCAUCACUGGAAAAACGCCUUGAAGCCAUUAUCAGUGGGGCUGCUCUGUUGGCAGACUCUUCGUGUACAAGGGAUUUCCACCGGGAGCGUAUUAUUGCAGAAUGCAACGCCAUUCGCCAGGCUCUUCAGGACCUGCUUUCAGAGUACAUGAACAAUACUGGAAAAAAAGAAAGGAGUAAUACCCUGAAUAUUGCUAUAGACAACAUGUGCAAGAAGACAAGAGACCUCCGCAGACAGCUUCGCAAGGCUAUUAUAGAUCAUGUGUCAGACUCUUUCUUGGAUACCACAGUCCCACUUUUGGUUCUCAUUGAAGCUGCUAAGAAUGGCCGGGAAAAGGAAAUAAAAGAAUACGCUGCAAUAUUUCAUGAACACACCAGUAGGCUUGUAGAGGUGGCAAAUCUUGCUUGUUCCAUGUCAACAAAUGAAGAUGGAAUUAAAAUAGUCAGAAUUGCAGCCAAUCACCUGGAAACUUUGUGCCCACAGAUUAUUAAUGCUGCACUUGCUUUGGCGGCAAGACCCAAAAGUCAAGUGGUCAAAAACACCAUGGAAAUGUACAAAAGCACGUGGGAGAACUAUAUACAUGUCCUCACUGAAGCUGUAGAUGAUAUUACAAGCAUUGAUGACUUUCUUGCUGUAUCCGAAAGUCAUAUCCUGGAAGAUGUCAACAAGUGUAUCAUAGCCUUGAGAGACCAGGAUGCAGAUAAUUUAGACCGCGCUGCAGGAGCUAUCAGAGGACGGGCAGCAAGAGUUGCUCACAUUGUCACAGGUGAAAUGGACAGUUAUGAACCUGGGGCCUACACUGAAGGUGUCAUGAGAAAUGUUAACUUUCUUACAAGUACUGUAAUUCCUGAGUUUGUAACACAAGUGAAUGUCGCCUUGGAAGCCUUAAACAAGAACUCCCUGAAUGUGUUUGAUGAUAAUCAAUUUGUGGAUAUCUCAAAGAAGAUCUAUGAUACAAUUCAUGACAUCAGAUGUUCUGUCAUGAUGAUUCGGACCCCAGAGGAACUGGAGGAUGUUUCUGACCUUGAAGAAGACCACGAGGUCCGCAGUCACACCAGCGUUCAGACUGAAGGGAAAACUGACCGGGCUAGGAUGACUCAGCUUCCUGAGGCGGAAAAGGAAAAGAUUGCAGAGCAAGUUGCUGAUUUCAAGAAAGUAAAGAGCAAGCUGGAUGCUGAGAUUGAAAUAUGGGAUGAUACAAGCAACGAUAUCAUUGUUCUUGCCAAGAAGAUGUGUAUGAUCAUGAUGGAGAUGACAGACUUCACGAGAGGCAAAGGUCCACUAAAGCAUACAACUGAUGUGAUAUAUGCGGCUAAAAUGAUAUCAGAAUCAGGAUCAAGGAUGGAUGUCCUCGCUCGACAAAUUGCUAACCAGUGUCCAGAUCCAUCAUGCAAACAGGACCUGCUGGCCUAUCUGGAACAAAUUAAGUUCUACUCCCAUCAACUGAAAAUCUGCAGUCAAGUUAAAGCUGAGAUCCAGAACCUGGGGGGAGAGCUCAUCAUGUCAGCUUUGGACAGUGUCACCUCCCUGAUCCAAGCAGCCAAAAAUCUAAUGAAUGCUGUGGUGCAAACAGUGAAAAUGUCUUACAUCGCCUCAACCAAGAUCAUCCGAAUCCAGAGUCCUGCUGGGCCCCGGCACCCAGUAGUGAUGUGGAGAAUGAAGGCACCAGCAAAAAAACCUUUGAUUAAAAGAGAGAAGCCAGAGGAAACAUAUGCAGCUGUCAGGCGAGGCUCAGCAAGGAAAAAAAUCCAUCCAGUGCAAGUCAUGAGUGAAUUUAGAGGAAGACAAAUCUACUGAAAGCACUAGUCUACCCUAGCGCUCGAAUUACAAAGUCCUGGCUAACACCCUGCUUUAUUUUACACUUGAUUAGUUCUGUAAUUUCACUAAGUUUCAGAGUUUAACUCACAAAUACCAUAAAAAAAAACCACCGGGAACUAAAACAACAUAAGCAACAUAUAUUUGGGGUCAUGUCAUUGUCAUAGCCGGCAUAAAAUGACUAGUCAACACACGCUUGUUAAGUGAAUGACGCCUUUAGGCCCCACUCAGCCUGUCCCAUCACAGGGAAUAUCUUAUAUUCAUUACCAAUGAGCACAGGAGACACAAGUGAGUCUUGUUUAUCUGUGAUAAUUCGAGUACCUUCACUCUCUUCAUUGUGAAAUUCAAACACUGACAUUAACUCAACUUUGGUUCAAUGGAAACAAAAGACCUUAUAAAAUAUUUUUUCACCUAAUCACCAUACUGUCUUUACCUGAACUCACCUGACAGAAAUAUGUGACUCCUGCUACAGGAAAAAAAUUUCAGCCUCUACAUAUUUGUUUCCAUUGUCAACCAAUCAAUCACAUCUAUUGUAAACUAACCAAAUUUGAGCAGUGAAGUUACUGGAUUUUAGAGGUCAGUCUGGGUUAUUAACAAAAUGCUUUAUUAAUAUUAUGCAGACUAAAGUGACCCUUGAUGCCACGUAUAUAGCUUAUAGGAUUCCAUUGUGUUCAGGAGUUCUGCACUUUUGAGUGUUGGGUCCAUCAGAACACUUACGUAAAAGAGCUAUCACCUGGGGAAAUGAGACACUAAACUAUGUUCCAGAGUAAGUUAUAAUCACAGAAGUAUACAGAGUUCUGCAUGACUCUAAAAAUCCAUUUUUAUCUGCUUGCAAUUGUAAUUAAAAGAAAGGCCAGUUUGAAAAACCUUUUGGCAUUGAGUAAAAUAUAACUCUGUGAAUUGUAUCAUUGAACUAUGAAACAGAGUUAAUGGCAAUGAAGCUGGAGUGAUCUUAAUAACAUUCUUUUAAAUAAAAGUCAUUGGGGUCAUUUUAUAGGUCCAGUAACUGUGCUCAUCCAGAGAUGAGGUUAUAAUGGACUUUAUAAUAGUGUAAGAAUCUAGUGUACUCUCUCUCUCUAUCUCUCUUUCUCUCUCUCUCUCUCUUUCUCUCUUUCUCCUUUUCCUAUUGGAAUUUCAGUGAACUAUAUGAAGGAAUUAAGCCUCAUCUUUAUUUUGUUUCGGUCAUGGGGUUUCCAUCCAUAAGAUUUUAAAAAUGUUAAUUCCAUAUUCUAUUUUAUCAUAACAACAUUAUAAAUGUAACUUCUCACUUGUAAAACAUUGUCAUUGAUGAUAAUUUCAACAACCAUGUUACUUUAGAUUGAUGAAAAAAUGUUUUUCCUAUAACACCAAUUGCUGUUAGGAAGACCAGUUUGGGUAAAUGGAGUCACUAAAUACAAGAAAGCAUAAAGGUCAAGAGCAGAUUAUAUGUGAUAAAUUGAACAAAAUGGUAUGGGAAAAGAAGGAUCUCAUUAAUAGACUGGCAUUAAUUAUGAGUGAAAUGUUAAUUUCCCUUAAUUAUAAUGAAUUAUUUAAUUUUUCAAAGUGCUGAAUUGCCUGGGCUCUGUGUGCAAACUUUCAAGGAGUUGAAGACAAUUAACUCCUUUCUGUUUUGCACUACAGUCAGUCUUGGCCAAAAUAUUUAUUCUGAACAAAGUCAAACAUCUAGAAAAUAAGGCAGUCAAGAAAGAAAUUAGAUAAUUCAAAUGAUUGUGUUUUACAGAACUAUCUGGACAAUUGAGGCAAAUGGCAGUUUCUUUUGUUGAAAUGCUCCCUUGUAUUCUGUUUUAAGUAUAGAGCAUCUGUGUCAGACCCUUCUCUUGGGUUCUAUCUAGUGUGAUCUCAUCAUUUAGCUGAGAAACGAAUUUUCUUUGAAAGUCAUCAAAUGUGUAGCUGUUUAUCUUAGCUUCUAAAGCCACAUGCACAAAAAUUGGAAGAGUCUCAUGUAGAGAAUAUAAUGUCCAUUUGACUCUCUAUGUUGUCUUUCUACAUGUUGGAAUGUAGAAUGCAGUAUUGAACAUCAAUUACCAAAUAACUUUUAUUUCUUGAAAUAAAAGUGACAUUUUAUCCAACAUCAUAUGGAUAAAUCCAUCAUAUGGAUAUAUCCAACUCAUAUGUGAACAAGUGCUUCUCUUUAAUACAUAUAGGUUUCCAGCAGCUUAGCUCAAAGAAAACUGUGAUUAAACAAAACAAUAAAAAAUUUUAACUCUGCAAAAGUUCCAGGAGUAAAUUUGCAUUAGUAACCAAAGGGGCAGUAAACACAAAACUGAGAAAGACAUCUGUUCACCUGAGCAAAUUCCUGCAGUGAACAGAAUUUGAAGAUUUAAUUCAAACCUUUGAUAAUGCAAAUGUUUAUGCAAAAAAAAACUAGCAGUAAAAAUAUUAACAAAUCUAUGUAUUAUAAAGCUCAGGUAAAUAAAUAUGUUCAAUAGGUAUAUUUCUAUUGGACUUAUUUGUUUGUAGUCCUUUCUUCUUCAGAGGAAUGCUGGAAAUUUCUUAACAAGGAUGAUAAUUUUGUGGCCCAUUAUGAAACUUUUGAAAGUACAUGAUAGAGAUUGGUACCUCCUCUGAUAAUAUAUUUACUUGAUCCUGCUAUUUAGAAUACACUCUUCUCUGCUAGUGAAAUCAAUUUAUAUGCAUUUACAUAUUAAAAAAAUUACUUUAGAGGAAAGAGAAGUUUUAUACCAGCUACAAGGACCAUUCCAUCUCUUGUCAGCCACCUGCUUUACUGCCAAAUGUUAGACUAGUGUCAGAAUAACUUGGAAAAUAUCCAUGAAAUCUAAUUAAUUAAAGAUUCUUCUUUUAAUUAUAAAAACUGAAAGGUUUUCACCAAACAUACAAGGUGAAAAAUAUAAAUCUCUAUCACAAAAAAUAUUAGAUUAAAAUGUUUUUGUCCUAAUAAAUUUCUGAAUAGUUCUUGAAUGAGUCAGGAAAAGGAGUCAAACAUCAAAUUUGUACACCAAUCUGUGAAUCAUUACUUUCUGUUUGUUAUGAUAUGAGUGAAACAUACAGUGUGUUAGAAGAUAUGAUGUCAAAUUCCAGCUACUUGGGAGGCUGAAACAGGAGCAUUGCAAUUUGGAGGCCAACCUGAGCAAGUUACCAAAACCCUGCCUCAAAAGAAAAAGUAAAAAGGUGCUAAGGAUUUAGCUUAGCGAUAUAGCACAUCCCUAGCAUUCAUGAGGCCCUAGGGUCAAUUCCCAGUAUCAAUCCCCCAACCCAAAUUUAUAUAUAUAAUUUUUUUCCUUCAUAUUCAUAAGAGUGCCUUUUGACUUUUGAAAAUCCUUUAACUUAGGAUCAACAAUAUAUGUUUCCCAUAAAUCUCUUUGUACAGAAGAUAAGGGUCCCAGAGCUACAGAGAGGACUAUUCUUGCAAUCCUGCAUUUUAAAAAUAGUUUUGAAGAAGGUCAGUUUUCAAGCCCUACCUUGGUAAGUUAGUUAAAAUUGUAAGUAUAGAGUUAAAUGCCCAACUUGGGCCUUCAAACUUAAUAAUGCUCCUCAAAUUCAAUAAUGAGUGACUAAAAAGACUGAUAUGUAACAAUGAGGCCAGUGUCUUCAUGUCUCCCAACACCUUCACUUUAAGGGUGAUCCCAAAUCUCAUCUCUUUAAGCAUCUACAAUUUCACUAAUACAUUCUGUAGGAUUUCAGUUAAAUUCACAAGUUUUCAUUUCUAGCAGAAUCAUUCCUUUAGUCUUUCUAGUCCCCAAAACAUUCUUAUUCUUUUUGGUGUCAAAUACAUACUUUUAUGUUAGGGAUCAUGGUUCCCAUGGAUACGGAUUUCUGUAUAGUGGCCAAGUGAGUGGAAUGAGAUCUGAGACUCUUCCUGGUGUUAUCCACCAUUCUCUAGUGAACUUACAGAAAAAUCACCAGCCUGCUUCUGUAUUAUCAUAAAUGAUUGUCUAGGUUAGCAAGAUAGGCGACAGAAUAUCAAUUUCAAUGAAAACUGUACUUUCUUUUAUCAACUUGUCUUUUUCCAAAACACACCUAUUGUAUAUUUAGGAAUCAAGUAUUUAUUUUGUGUUUCUAAGGUCCAAAAUACUUGUUUCUCCUAUCAGAAAGUUUAGGGGUAUGCACUUAGAAAGAAUAUUACUUUAAGAAUUCUCUUUAAGUAAAUUAGGAAAUUUUCUACAAGCUGAGGUGUUAGGGAAACUCCUUUUUUUGGCUUCUCUUCCCAUACCAUUAGGAUAUGUUCAGUGUUAAUAUUUUGCCUGUUACCACCAAAUAAACAAGGAAGACCUAAUGAUGAAAGCAUUACAUAUGAAGUAUUUUAAAAGUGUUCAUUUUAGGAAGAAGGAUGGAUUUUGUAGAGGGAAAUGAGGGGUUGAAGAGGGGACGGGGGAAGGAAAGAUGAAUGGGACUAACAUCAUUACCCUUUGUACAUGUAUGAUUAUAUAACUGGUAUGACUCUACUUCAUGAACAACCAGAGAAAUGAUAGUUGUAUCCCAUUUGUGUACAAUGAAUCAAAAUUUAAAAGGAAGUGUUCAUUUUGACCCUUGGGGUCAAACUAGGAAAAAAAACAUGGAUGCUAUUAAAACUAGAUGUAUGUAGCUGAACUUGUCCUAAUCAAGGCUAAGCACUAUCCUAGACAUCUAAAAGACAGAAAAAGAUUUAAAUUUUUAAAUACUUUUUUCAUUUCUAAUCAAUUCCCAUGAAUAAGAACAUAGUUUAUAUUAAAGCAAAAUAAAGAAUAGCUUAAAACAUUAGUCAUUGUGCAUGUGAAUACCUAACAGACAGCCUAUAUAGAAUUAUCCCUGAACACUUCAAAAGAGGGUAAUUAAUACACUUGAGACAAGUGCCUGCAAAUGGAAUCCAACUUGAUCAGAAGUCAGUCUGUAGGCAAUGGAUGGUCUAUGGGGCUGACACUUGUGUAUCAUCCCCAGAUGAGAUUAUUCAGGACUGCAUUAUGGCAUCCAGAAGCCCCCACUGGUUAGUUGGAACAAAACGUAGCUUUACUUUAACAUGAGCAUGGCCAGUGGGAUAAAAAAAAAGGAGUGCAGACAGAGCAUUUCUAAAUGGCAUGGAUAAGAAAGUGCCAGAGGUAGAGGAGGGAAUGAGAGGGAUGCUUGCAGAAGCAGAUGCCAUUUAUAGAGGGAGGGGUGAAGAGUUUUGGUUCUAUGAAGAUUAGGCAGACUUAUCCUGAGGAGGGUUUGAUGGGUAGGGCAGAACACUUGUCCUGGUAUUUUGGUGGUUUGGUAAAGUAAUAUAAGAGGUAAAAGAAUGAACUGCAAAAAUGUUCAGGUUGAUUUUAGGAAAAUGAGUCAUAAGUUGAAAAACAGGUGUUCAGUCAUUCUUCAGGCCAGUGAUGGGUGAAAUUUUUAGGAUAUACCAGAUAACAAAACAAAUAAUGAUCUUUGUCUUCAUGUGCCAACUCUGUGUUAAAUCCUGACCCUUAUUUAAUACUUUCAAUAAUUUUAUGAAAUAGACCUUAUUGGUUCUAUUCCACAGCUAAGGAAACUGAGGCCUGAACAGAAUUAGAAUCUUGUUCGGAGACUUACUGGCUUUACAAUUUUGUUUGUCAAUCCCCAGAUUAUGAAAUUUUAACUGCCUUACCAUCCAGACUUCUUGGAAAAUGAGAUUGAGUUUUCCAGUUCAUAAGAUACACACUUCAAAUCCUCCCUGAUUUUCUGUGUCAGAACAAAAAAGAAUAACAACUUUAAAAAUGUAUUAUUUAUGUAUAUCUUGUAUCAUUCCAGGAAGAUAAGAGUCAGAUAAAUAAUUAGGUGGAUACUCUCUCCUCUAAUAACUCAAUACAGUGUACCAGGUAUAUGGGGAAUCAAUGUUUUGUCUGUGUGAUCUAAUAAAUGAGAAUAGCUCUUGUGCAAAGUUACUUUUAUCACCGUAGAGGGGAAAACUUCAAUGUCAAGGACUAUGUCAGUCUAUAUCUUCAGGAUCCACUGGUAUAAACUAUUUGUUUGUGUCAUUUCUUUCUCCUUUUACUGCUUAUGUGUGCCUAAGUUUAGGCAUUCCAAGAGUUCAUUGGUCAAGGAUUGUUGAAAUAGGCUAUCAUUUUCCUGUAUUUCAAACUUACCCAUUCCACAGUUCCUUGUUUAUGGAGGUCACAUAUGCACAGCAUGUGCCUGAAUACAGGCAAAUUCUUUCCUUAAUGUCACAUGGUCCUUCUUUCUAGUAUCAGCUGAAGGGUCCUCUUCUUGACCAUUUUGUAUUAUAGGUUUCCAUAUCCCAGGCACUAAAGAGUUAAGUGACUUUCUGGUGUAUAAACAGGCACAGGUGUUUCCUCAAACUAGGAAUGUGUUUAUUUGGGGUCUUCAUCUUGUGUAUCUGGUAGUCAUGAUGGUCCCUGUUUGAAGUGUAAGAAACUAAGUGUUCAUGAAGAAAAUUUUCUUUUAAAAAGGCUCAUAUUUAUCACACUUAUUCUCUCUCUCUCUCUCUUUUUUUU